AUGCUCGAUAAUAACUGUCAAAUCAGGGGUCUGAAGUAUAUUGCGAAGAACCUGGAGGAGCGGAUAGAGGCCAUCGCCCAUGAACUUGCCAAUUCCACCUAUGACCUGAUCGCUCUUCAGGAGAUCUGGGUGUUCGCCCACUACGAGCGGGUGCAAGAGAGGGUAUCUAGGCAGCUCCCGUACUCCAAAUUCUUCUACAGCGGUGCGCUAGGCGCAGGGCUCGCGAUAUUCAGCCGUUUCCCAAUUGUCUCGACCUCUAUCCAUCCGUACUCUCUCAACGGCACUCCCCUCGACGUCGCAGCAGGAGACUGGUUUGUGGGCAAAGCUGCUGCCCACAUAACCGUCCUGCAUCCCCUUCUCGGGCAGGUGCAGGUAUUCAAUACACACCUCUUCGCCAAAGGAGGAGAGGACGGGCCAGAAUACAACAGAGCGCACCGUCUAGUGAAUGCAUGGGAGUUCGCCAAGCUCGCGCGGCACGCUGCAGAGUCUGGCAAGUAUGUCAUUGCUACGGACUUCUGCGUCGUCAAGCUUGGCGACUUUAAUAGCAUACCGCCAACGUUGCCCAUGACAAUCAUCCUGGAGCACGCCAGGUUGUCAGAUGCAUGGCCGCUGACCCACCCAAAUGUCGAUCCUUCUACUGUUACCUCUCCUCUCGAAGCCGUACAGAAACUGGGCAUCACAGCCGACUCACCUCUGAACACCUGGUCCGCGAGUAAGGGAUAUACACAGGGGUCAUGGGGCAAACGACUGGACUACGUCCUAUACCGACAGCCAAACCGUCCAGGACAAGCACCACCCGCCUUGAAAGCGGUCGAAACUAAAGUCGUUUUCAUGGACCAAGUACCUGGACAACCUUUUUCUUUUUCUGACCACUUCGGUCUCGAAGCGACGCUCGAAAUCGUGUCGCAGACGACAGAGGAAGGCACCUCGGCACCUGCUGUCCAGGCCGACGUGCCAGGAGAGCUUUCCAGUGCUGCCAUCGCCACCACCAUACAAGCCUGGGCGUCCUGCUACCGCUUCUCCAAAGAGCGCUCGCGUAAAGAACUCAUCAUUUGCGGCCUUUCCAUCCUCAUCCUGGUUGGUGUGGCCAUUGGGACAGCUUGGCUGCCUCACUCGUGGAUCAAUCCAAUCUUCAUCCUGUUCACCGUCUUUAUUGCGUGGUUGGCUACGACCAUGCUUUAUGAAGGAUUCAUUUUUGGAAAUUGGGAGUGCAAUGCGCUGAUGAACUGCAUUGAGGAGUUGGAGAUUCAUCGCAAGGGUUUGGACGUGCUGAAUGGCGUCCAACGAGAUUGA